AUGAAAGGGCCUUUCGAUUUCUUCAGGGAAGAUGAAGAGAAGACGAACUCAAUCUCUCCGGUGCCGCGCGUCGUUGCAACGGACGUGGAUGAAGACGACGUCAACGUCGAGGAAAAGCCGACCGGUGAGAGGAAGAAGUGUGAGAUGACAGAGGUGUCGGCGUCGGACAAGGGGAGACGGCGGAGGGGAAGAUUCAUGGCGGUGUCGAGCUUCGGCUAUCCGACUUUCUGCGUCGUCACUGACGGCGGUGGUUCUGCAGCUUGUCCGGAGGGAUAUCUUCCUAUUGCUUUAGUGUCCUUUGCUUUGCUUCCUUAA